AUAGUGUUUGAAUUCGAAGGUUCCACAGCACCUGACCCACCCACUCAGCAGCACCAACACCGCCCCAGGGUGUUUGUCCCGAGAGCUGGGAGCAGAGCAGGAGACACGCUCGUGAAGCCGGGGGCUGACUGUGGACGAGCGACCAGAAAAGGCACCGACCGGGACAAAAGGAUAGCAGCGGGAGGGCACGGCAAACCGGAGGUAGAGAGCGCACGGACACGAGGAGUUUGCAGCAGGAGGAGUGCUGACAUUUAACAGAAGAUGAGUACAUACCAAGUGACUCUGAAUGGCCCCGCUCCGUGGGGCUUCAGACUACAGGGAGGAAAGGACUUCAAUAUGCCGCUCACCAUCUCCAGGAUAACUCAGGGCAGCAAGGCGGCGGGUGGCACCCUGAUCACGGGUGACAUCAUCUCUGCCAUCGACGGGGUCAGCACCGAGGGGAUGACGCACCUGGAGGCUCAGAACAAGAUCAAGUCUGCCGUCCACAAACUUGCGCUCUCAAUGAUGAAAUCAAGACGCCCGACGCUACUUCACACACCAAGCUCAAGAAUGGACUCUCCCAUGCCCGUCAUCCCACACCAAAAGGUUAUCGCAAACACAGCUGCAAACGUGGAAUACACUCCCAGCUUCAACCCCAUAGCUCUGAAAGACUCAGCCCUGUCCACCCACAAGCCCAUUGAGGUGCGGGGUCCGGGGGGAAAGGCCACCAUCGUUCACGCCCAGUACAACACACCCAUCAGCAUGUACUCACAGGACGCUAUCAUGGAUGCCAUAGCGGGACAGUCACAGGGCAAGGGACACGAGAGUGAAGAAGCAGGCACUCCUAAGGCCGGCGUCCUGCCCGUCAAGGAGCCGGUGGUAGACGUUGCUUCUCCGGUGUACCAAGCAGUGAUCAGACCAGGAGAGGCAAACCAGGACAUGUCUGAGUGGGCUCGCCGUGCUGCCAACCUGCAGUCUAAAAGCUUCAGGAUGCUGGCCCACAUCACUGGCACUGAAUACCUGCAAGAUCCAGAUGAGGAAGCGCUGCAGAGGUCGAGAGAGAAGUUUGAGUCGGAAGUGAAAGGGCCCCGCUUCGCCAAGCUGAAGAACUGGCACCAGGGACUGUCUUCACAAAUCCUCAACAUCCAGGAGUGAAGAGAAGGAGGGACUAUAAAGAGAAGGAAGGUGACGGAGGGGAGGAGGACAUGUAAACAUGGGAAGAAGCAUAAGCGUUAACAGGAAGAGGGGGUAAAUUAUGGAGGUAAAAAUGAGCAGGAGGAGGACAGACCUCCUCAAGAAUGUGAGAUAGCGUUGUAGCCUAGAUCAUUAGAAUGUGAGAUAUUAAAUGUUAGCGUGAGAAUGCUACGUGUUUAUAAGCUCUUGUCAAAUAUAUUUGUCUGCUGCUAAGACCUGAUCUCACAUUGGGGUUCUUUUUCUUUUUUUUUUCCUGUUUAUUGGAGUUUUCUGUCUCAUAAAUGAAGAGGAGGUUGUACAAACAAAUAAGUGCAGAAAAUAUGUUUCUUUCAUGCCCCAGAACAUAACUGCAUAAACAAAUGUAUGAGUUUUAACACUACGAGCAUGUUUGUCAGUUUCGUCAGGCGCAGGAGUACACUUGAAGAGAUUUAUCGACUUCCACGAAUGCAGUCUGUAAAAAAAGAAAAACAAUGCACUCAAAAAAUGUACUGAUAUCAAUGUGAAUAAAUGUUUUCUUUAAUCUAAACAA